AUGAAAUUCCAACCUGAACUUUCUGUAACUUCAUGGUUUGUCAGCCCAUUGACAACGCUUAAAUUUAGAGGAUUGGUAACAGUUUAUGCAUGGGUAAUAUUAUUGUUAGGUUUAUUUUUUGAAACCUUCACUUACUUUUUCAUUUUUGAAAAUUGGAGUCAUGUUGGAUUAUUAAUUCAUUUUACUGUAAGAUUUCCUAUUUUAUUUAUAUUUUUUUGGGAAUUGGAGUUUCAAAAAGAGAUAAAG